AUGCAUUUGCAUCACCUGUUUUCAUUACCGCCGGCUAUCAUCGCCCUGUGCGCAACCUCAUCUGUUGUCGCCGCCCAAGCCGAUUCGCACCAGCAACAAUGGCCGCACAAUGUACCCAAGCACCUAAAGUACUUUCCCGAGGAUGAGGUGCAUGCGAAGCGCGGGUUGAGCGUCGCGCAGAGAUUGCAACAUGAGAAGCCGAUUGGAGUCAAGAAGAUGAGCCUGGACGAAGGGGAAAUGUUUAUGCUCGACAAUUGGAUAUUCGCCUUGGAAUCUCAGCAACAGUCUCGGAGAUCCGACUCGGACAAUCUAGGUAACCUCGCAGUACAAGCUGUCUCGCCUUUGCGACCGCUGGCCCAGUCGGACUGGUUAGCGCGCAUGCACAUUCGAGAUGUGCUGCUUAAACGCCAAUUCAAAUGUCCCGAGGGAACGAAUAGCUGCGAGUCGAUUGGGGCGCCAGACGUCUGCUGCGGUACAGGAAGUAAUUGCAUAAACACCAGUGGUAACUCUGACGCCGGAAAUGUUGGAUGUUGCCCCAAAGGGCAAACUUGCGCCGGAAACGUCAGCUGUGAUACUGCGAGCGGAUACUCAAGUUGCCCCGGUUCACCAAAUGGAGGAUGCUGUAUGCCUGGAUUCAAAUGCCAGGGCGUAGGAUGCGUCCUAGAAGCCACAUCAACAACCUUCAUCCCGCCCUCUUCCUCCUCUACCACCGCUGCUCCCCCCGCCCCAACCUCAACAGCAGCCCAAACCUCCACCACUCCCUCCCCCUCCAGCACAACCCCACCACCCACCUCAUCCUCCUCCCGCACCGCAUACACUUGCUCAACAGGCUGGUUCUCCUGCCCCGCCUCCCUCGGCGGCGGCUGCUGCCAAACCGGCCGCACCUGCGCAACAGGCGCCUCCUGCAUCGGCGACACCCCCACCAGCACACGCGCGCCCGACGCCCCCAUCCGUCCCACAAGCGGCACUACAACCGCCGCCCAAGCCACCAGUGCAGACGUCUGCCCCCAAGGCUUCUACGUCUGCAGCGCUUACUACCCCUCGGGCUGCUGCCGCGUCGGCCGCGACUGCCAGACCACAGGGUCCUCGUGCGUUCUUCCUACGGGUACGGUCGUGGAUACGAAUGGUGUUACCGUUGUGGCGCCCACGACGGGCGCGGGGAGUUGUCCCAGUGCGUGGUAUAGCUGUGCUGCGAGUGCGGGGGGGAACUGUUGUCCACAGGGUUAUGCCUGUGGGGAGCAGCAGUGUACGGCGACGGCAAGUGGACAGGCGGGCACGACGGAGAAGGUUACGCCGAGUAGUAGUAAGGCGAGUUUUGUGGCGGUAGUUCCAAUUGCCAUGUCGGUUUUUGCGGCAGCGGCGAUUGGGGUUGCGAUGGUGGCGUUGUGA